AUGGCUGUUUCUUCAAUCAAAUCGCCAUUAGUUCUCUUCUUUGCGCUCUCCCUCUUCCUCCGAGGAGCAUUCGCUGAGGUGAUUUGCGACAAUUUGCCGACGAAUUUUUGUGCAUUUGCAAUUGCAUCAUCGGGGAAAAGAUGUGUGUUGGAGAAUUACAGAAACGACGUCGGAAAGCUGGAAUAUACAUGCAAGACGUCGGAGGUGGUUGUUGAGAGAAUGGCUGGAUAUAUAGAGACCGAUCAAUGUGUAAAAGCAUGUGGCGUUGAUCGGAGCUUCGUCGGAAUAUCCUCAGAUGCCUUACUUGUGCCGCAAUUCACCCAAAGGCUGUGCUCGCUGGCGUGUUAUCAGAAUUGCCCUAAUAUUGUCGACCUUUAUUUCAACCUAGCUGCCGGAGAAGGAGUAUAUCUACCUCAUCUGUGUGAGAAACAAAAGACUGAGCCUCACCGUGCCAUGAUGGCGCUUUUGAGCAGCGGUGGCUUCGCCCCUGGUCCGGUGGCCGAAGAACCUACUGGUUCUGUCGCCGAUGCACCAGCUUCUUCGCCUUUCUAA